AUGGUGUGUGAGGAAGAAGUCUGUAAGAGGCAAGAAAAGGCGUCAGAGAUGGCUCUUUCUCAGAGGCCUUUGACAUUCAGGGAUGUGGCCAUAGAAUUCUCUCAGGAGGAGUGGACAUGCCUGGACCCUGCCCAGAAAGCUUUGUACAGGGAUGUGAUGUUGGAGAAUUAUAGGAACCUGGUUUCCCUGGGAAUCUCUCUUUCUGGCAUGCCUGUUACCUCCAUGUUGGAGCAAGAAAGAGAGCCCUGGACUGUGGAGAGUGAAGUGAGAAUAGCAAAAAAUCCAGAUGGCUGGGAACGUAUCAGAGGUGUGAACAGAGGUAUCUCUCCUAUAUGUAUGGUAAAGGAAUUUCCACCAAAAAAGAAGAGUAAUGUGAUAGAAAUAUCCCAAACAGUAAUGUUGAAAGGCCAUGACAUUGAAGAUUUUUGCUUUAAGGAAAUUGAGGAAAAUAUACAUGACUCUGACUGUCAGUGUAGAGAUGAUCAGAGACAUUUCAAAGGAGUGCAUAUGACCCAUAAAGAAAAUCUCGCUUCCCCUAAAGAUCAGCAUGGUAGAAGGGGUACAGGAAACAAGCCUAUGAAAAAUCAACUUGGAUUAAACUUUCAGAUUCAUCUACCAGAACUGGAGCUACUUCAAGCACGAGGGAAAAUGUAUGAAUAUAAUCACAUUGAAAACUAUAUCAACAAUGGUUCCUUAGUUUCCUCAUUUCACAAAAUUCCUUCUAAAAUCAAACCCCGCAUUUCUCAUAAAUAUGAGUAUGAUUUUUCUAAUUCCUUAAUCACAGAAAAGCAGAAAGCACACAUUGAGACAGAACAUUACAAAUGUAAUAAGCGUGGAAAGGUCUUUAGUCAAGGCUUAUAUUUCACUAUACAGAAAAUAAUCCAUACAGAAGAGAAACGUUUUAAAUGUGAUAUGUGUGGCAAAGUAUUCAAUAAAAAGUCAAGUCUUGGAAGACAUCGGGUAAUUCAUACUGGAGAGAAACCUUAUCAAUGUAAUGAAUGUGGCAAAUUCUUUAGCCGAACUGCAGACCUUGCACGUCAUUUUAAAAUUCAUACUGGAGAGAAACCAUAUAAAUGUAAUGAAUGUGGCAAGGUGUUUGGUCGCAAUUCAGAGCUUGUACAACACUGGCGAAUUCAUACUGGAGAGAAGCCUUACAACUGUAAUGUGUGUGGUAAGUUCUUCAAUAAUAAGUCACACCUUGCCCAACAUCAGAAGAUCCAUGCUGGAGAAAAACCUUACAAAUGUAAUGUAUGUGGAAAAGGCUUUAAUGUUAUUUCAUACCUUUCACAACAUCGAAUAAUUCAUACUGGAGAUAAACCUUACAAAUGUAAUGAAUGUGGCAAGAACUUUCGUCAAUUUUCACACCUUGCUCGACAUCGGAGAAUUCAUACUGGAGAGAAACCUUACCAAUGUAAUGAAUGUAGUAAGGUAUUCAGUCAGAAGGCAUCCCUAGAAAAGCACUGGAGAAUUCACACUGGAGAGAAACCAUACAGAUGUAAUGAAUGUGGCAAGCUCUUCAGCCAAACUUCAGGCCUUGCACGUCAUUUGAGAAUUCACACCGGGGAAAAACCAUACAAAUGUAAUGAAUGUGGCAAGGUAUUUGGUCGCAAUUCACAUCUUGUGCAACAUCGAAGAAUUCAUACUGGAGAGAAACCUUACAAAUGUAAUGUGUGUGGCAAGGUCUUCAAUCAUCAGUCAAACCUUGUGCAACAUCGGAGAAUCCAUACUGGAGAAAAACCUUUCGAAUGUAAUGUGUGUGGCAAAGUCUUCAAUCAUAAGUCACACCUUGUACAACAUCGGACAAUCCAUAUUGGAUAG